AUGAUUAUAUCUUGGCCUUUUGAUGCCGUUCAUAAAUUACAUAUACGAUUUGAUGCUGAAGCAGGUGAUAUGACAAUUGGAGAAGGACCUAACUGGGAAACAUCUGGAUUUGGUUGUCGACGAUUGGAUAUGCUCUUGUCUACCUUUAUAAAGCGACUCUAUGUCGAACUAGAAAAAGAUGCUCAACAACAAGAUAUGCCAAAUGAACAAGAAAAUGAUGAAAAUAUGAAACGAAAAACCAUGACAACUCAAGAAGCUAUUGUUGAAUUAAAAAAGCUCUGUAUAGAAGAAAAUCCAUAUUUAAUCUAUAGAGACAUGAUAGAAAUAGGUGAAGGUGCUUCAGGCUCAGUAUAUAAAGCAUAUAGAAGGAAUUAUAAUUGUAAAGAAGGUCUUCACAAGAUACAACCAGUUGCAAUCAAGCAAAUACAUUUAAGACGUCAGAUAAGAAAGGACUUGAUUGUAGAAGAAAUCAAGAUGGGUAAAGAAAAGGUUUGUCAUAAGAAUAUGGUUCGUCAUUUAGAAUCUUACAUUUGGAAAAAUGAUGUCUGGAUUGUGAUGGAGUAUAUGGAAGGUGGUAGUUUGACAAAUAUUGUACUGCUUAAAAAUAUGUCCGAGACUAUGAUUGCCGCUGUAUGCUUAGAGGUACUCCAGGGUCUUGACUAUCUUCAUUCAAAGGGUAUUAUUCAUCGAGAUAUCAAAAGCGACAAUAUAUUAAUUAGUAAAAGAGGUGAAAUUAAGCUUUCUGACUUUGGCUAUUGUGCAAGGAUUGAUAACGAAAAUAUGAAACGAACAACACUUGCUGGUACAUCUUGUUGGAUGGCGCCUGAAAUUGUUUUAAGAAAAAAGUAUGGCCCUAAUAUAGAUAUUUGGUCCUUGGGUAUUACCACGAUAGAAAUGGUGGAAGGUACACCUCCUUAUCUUGAUAGUCCAGAUAGAGCAUUGCAUUUACUUAAAACACAUCGAAUGCCUCCUUCAUUAAAGAAACCUUAUCAAUACUCUGCUGACCUUCGUGAUUUUUUAUGUCAAUGUCUCCAGUUUGAUGCUGAAAGGAGACCUUCGGCUGCUGAAUUGCUAAAACACCCCUUUUUAUUGAAAGCUUCUUCUUUAACUGAACUUGUGCCACUUGUAGAAUUAGCACAACAAAAGCGUGAAAAUGGGAAAAUUUAA